AUGGAUUGUGAGUAUGAGAGCGACAGAGACUUGGCGUUCUUAAAUGGACUCAGCUUUUGUAAGUGCAAUCUGCUGCCACUCUUGGAUAAUCUACUCUGCUUCAAUGUUGUCUGGAUCAGUGGGGCAUUCACGACUUUUAAUUGCAUGGCCAAAGGCGCUGCACGUUUUGCAAAGAGGAAUGCUUUUUUCAAUGUUAAACAAGACAGUCGUCGGAUUGAUGGCACUAGCCCAUGCAGCGAAUGUAAGAUCCACGAUCAUAUUCUUGUCAAAUUCGUGAGCAGUGAAAGUAUGCAAAGAUUUGUCCUUUUGAUGUGGUGCUGUGGCCUGGAAAUACUCUUCACUCUGUGGAUAACUGUCCUGAGUGACGCAAAGACAAACGUACCUGCCAUAUCUGUGGGGACUCUGGAACAGCCAGAGGCAGAAAAUAUUUCUGCAGGCAAUCAAACCACUGUAGAAGCGUGUAUGGCCAAUUUGGCAAACAGCGAAUGUGAAGCCAAAGCUUCACAGGUCUCCAGGACUUUAAGCGAAGACAGUGGUAUCCCCCGAAUCUGA